UUUUAGUCAUCUUGAACCAACAUCUUCAUCAUCGUUAAAUAUAUUUUUUCUGUGUCAUAUCUCGAAAGCUCACAAGUGUCACAGGAGAAGAGGAAAAUAAAUAUGACAAGUGAGAUGAGUAACGAUGAGAAAAAUAAAGGAUCGAGGAAGAGUAGCAGCAUCAAUAGAAAAACUAUUUCGAAUCAAAAUUACCGUAUGAAACAAAUGACUGAAGUAUUCCCGUCACUCAAAAAGGAUUUACAAAAUGCAAAGCUUUUUCUUCAGCAAUCCAGCAACGAAAGUGGAGAUUCAUUGUACGAGCAUCUUACUCGUGUCAUAACUAAAGUAAUCGAUGAGCGUCCAUCGAAUGUUGUUGAUCAUUUUGAAUUAUACAGCGAGCGAGUUCGUUUGGAAAAGUUUCGAAUGCAGGACAUGAGAAUUGAGGUCGCAUAUAAGGAGCCAGAUCGUCUUACAAGUGCACAACGUAUGCUACCAAUACGUAUUGAGGAAUAUAAUCAGCAACAACAAAAGCAGCGUCAGCAAAUGAAUAAAAAUAAGAAUGAAAUGAAAUCUAUGACGUCCACAAAUUCAGUUGUUAUGGACGAGGGAGAAGAAGACGAUGAACAAAAUGACGUUAUUUAUUAUGAAUCGCCAGCAGUGAAAGAUUUAUGUGAGUUACAGUUUUAUUGGAAUUUAUUAGGCAUUGGAUUUCCACGCGAAGAAACUUUCUCAUUAUCAUGUGCGAUACGAAAACUCAAGACGAAUGCAAUAUUCUCAAGCACUCGUUUCUGGGGUAAAAUAUUUGGCUUAAGGAAUGACUACUAUAUUGCUGAAUGUACAUUAACCGAAGAUGCUUUGGAGAAACGAAUUGAUGCUGUUGAGAAGGCAAUAAAUAUCAUGAGCAUGGAACCAUUGAAUCGGGAAUUUUCUGAUCAGCAACGUAAAUCGUCGUCAAAUGCUUCUAUGAGAUUCGAAAGCACAAGUGUUGUAGGGAAAAAUUCUAAAAAUGAAAAAUCUGCUGUUGUUGUGGCUACAUCGGACGAUAUUAGUUCUGUAUCUGACAGUAUGCCUAAUAAAAGAGAAAUGAAUGAAACUUUUGAUGAGAAUGAAAGAAAGGAAUAUCCAACUGAGUGGAAUUUUUCGAUGAACAUUCCACAAACUUCAUAUCGUAGACCGAUCGAGAUACCUGCUGAGAAAAUAGGACAUGGAGUCAAUCGAUGUGUUUAUUAUGUCUGUACAAAUUUGUAUGAAGAGUGGAUUGAGUUGCCAUUAGCCACACCACAUCAAAUUAAUGUAUCACGUCGCAUCAAAAAAUAUUUUACUGGAAAUCUUGAUGCCGAAAUUCCUUCACAUCCCACUUUUCCUGGUACGGAACGAAACUAUUUACGUGCAAUUAUUGCGAGAAUUUCAUCCAGCACUCAUGUGGCACCACGAAACUUUUAUGAAAUCGAAUCUAAUAAGAAUAUUAUUGAUGGCAACAAUGAAGAUGGCGAGGAAGAGAAUGACAAUUUUGAUGAAGAUAAAUGCAAUAAUGAUAAGCCGAUUAGGGUGAAUGCAUCAUAUCACCCGCUGCCAUUAGACAAACUUUUAAAAUUGGAUCAUUGGAUGCACAUAAAGCCGGAAAUUCUUAAACAAGGACGUGUUUGCUAUUUCGAUGGACGUUUAUUGAUAAAUAAUCAAGUUAAUGACAAUGAUGAUGAGUCAUCAAUUGAUGAUGAUAAUGAUGAUGACGAUGAAAAUGUAACGGAAAUAACAAAUAUCGAAAUGAGACCGGAAAUGCUAGUUCCAUUGUUCACAUCAUGUUCCGGUGAUCGUUUGACAAAUGAUAUCAUUUCCCCAUGGACAAUUAGAUUGAGUGAUGCUUUUGUUGAGUCACCACUUGUUCUCCUUCAAUCAAACAUUUGGUCAGGGGCGUUUACUUUUGUCAAAGAUAGGAUUUGUGACAACAUUUACAUUGGGUUUGGUUGCAAGUACACAUCGUUAAAUUACUCACCGACAUCAUUUUUGCCUCAAGUAGAGAUGGAGUAUCCCCAUGGCGAAGAUGUUAAAGAAGAAAAUGAUCCAUCUGUGGAUGAUGAAAAGGAAUGGGAGCGACAGCAAGAAAUGAAUCAAAAUAAUCACAGAAGUGAUGACGAUGAUGUUUCACAUGAAGUGGAAAUCAAUAAUUGAAAGUGGAAUUGAAAAAUAAAUAUUUGUGGAUAUAUUUUUAGCCCCCAAUUUUAUUCCAAUGUUAAAUGACAUUUUU